AACCUAUCUUACCUCGGGACUGAGCACCGAAGGUUUACUGUACUUAUAAAUAUAUUAGAAACGCCCCUCGCAAGAACGAAUCAUGACUUUGGCACGACGACUCUGAUUUUCCACUUGAUUACAUUAAUUCCGACCCCUAGGCCAACUUCCAGCCAUGGCGCCCGUCAUACCCUCAGCCAAGCUCACGCUCAAGUACGGCCUCUACGCAUGCGAUUUCGACCCCCUGGACGCGGACCGGCUUAUAUGCGGAGGCGGAGGUGGCGCUAGCCGGACAGGAGUCGGGAACGCAAUUAGUGUUCUCAACACCUCCAAUAACGAGAUUCGGCUCAGUUCCGAGAUUGAGCUCAGCAGAGAUGAGGAUAGCGUCACGACGCUCGCAGCCGGCCAGCGGAAAGGCAGAACGACACUAGUCUAUGCGGGCAUUAAUUCGAGCGAGGAGGACAUUGCAAAGGGCAAGAACGAGCACUUCAGAGUGUUUGGGGUUGACCAGGCUUCCAAGGCGAAAUCCGCGACUGGGCCAAAGAUUGCAGAGCUGUCGCGCUCUUCCUUCUUCAGCUCCAAAGAAGCUUCCACCUAUCAGAGGCUGCUCAGGCUAUCACCGACGACCUCCGAGACGACUCACCAGGUCGGCGCAGCUGCAACAGGCGCGACAGGGCUCUCCAAGAGUGGCGAUAUCGCAGUAUUCGAUGUCUCAACGACCGGAAGCCUUGGGCCGAAGCUCAGAGGCAAGCUGGAGCUGUCAAAGGAAGCCAUGGAUUUGGAUAUCACCCAGGUGGGUGACGAUGCCUGGCAGCUGGUCUACUGCGACGACUACGAGCUCCACGUCAUGGACAUUGGGAAGAAGACCUGCCACGAUCCAUCUCCCGUCUACGAGAUGACCCAAGACGAGGCCAUUGGUUCCAAGAUCCGUCCGUCGUUCCGCUCGGUCAGGUACCUGACGUCGCAUUCCGUCAUGACGGUCUCCAACCUUCCCAAAGCUGGCGGCGCCAUCCUCCACGGCUUCCGCCUCCCAGCCAAUUCCGACCAAGCCAAAGCGCGGCUCGCCGCUUCCGUCGUCCUCCCGAAGAACGUGACACGCGCAACGGGCCUCGCGGUGCGGAACCUCUCCCCGCCAUCCACACCCUCGGCACCGCAAGGCAACACCCAAUUCGCCAUCGCCGUCGCCGGCCAGGACUAUUCAGUCUCCUUGUACACAAUGGACUACCAGACCCUCGGCGACAUCGGCCUGAUGGCCAACCUCCACCCCAUCACCACCCUCAAGGCAGUCCACCCCAGCCCCAUCUCAGGCCUGGCAUUCAGCCACUUCAUCCCCCCCAAGUCAGGCACGUCGCGCGCGGCACCCACCCUCAAGCUCGCGAGCAUCGGGUCAAUGGGCAACACGGUAGUCGUGCACGCCCUCCCCCUCCGCCGCCUGCCCGACAAGUCGGCGUCGGCCCGCCGCGGCGGGCCCCCGCGCCCGCAGAGGUACGUCAUCGCCCUCAAGUCCCACGGCCCCAGCCCGGCCGCCCUGCUCGUCGUCACCGCCGUCGUCGUCUGCCUGCUCGCUGCGCUGCUGCAGGGCGUGCUGGAGGUGCGGGGCCUGUCGGGCCCCGUCGUCGGCGCCCGCCGCGUCGUCCCCGCGACAUGGCAGUCGCCGAUGCGCGGAGGAGGAGGAGGAGGAGUCGCCGCCGCUGGUGCACAGGGAGGGGCGGGGGAGUUCCUUACCGGGCUGUCGGCGCGGCGCGGUGGGGACGGAGAUGCGGUUGUGCUGAGCGCGGAGGGGGCCGAGGUCAGGGUCGACGCGCAUGAUGCCGAGAGGUAUGGCGACGCGAGGGAGUGGGGCGACCUGCCCGCCUCCCAGAAGGCGGCUUGGAAGGAGCGCCUGGAGCAGGCGGGCCACUGGGGGGAGGAGAUGGGGGAGGCGGUCUUCAAGGGGGUCCUGUUUGCUGAUCUCGCUGGUGCGGUCGGCCAUAUGGUCGGGGGCUAGACUUUCGGCUGCCUACCUGGGUACUACUGUAUGCACCACACACACACAUAAAGAUAAUGAAGCGAGGAGAUUGGGCUGGGAUGGAAUUGGGAUGUAUGCUCAUUCCAACGCGGGGCACGCUGUGGCGGUGGUGUUUCAGUCAUUUAGAAUUGUUGUAUUUCUAGCAGAUGCAUUCUUUGGCGCGCCUCGACGGAAAAAUGAAUUCCAGUCGCCAAGGGGCUUUCCGCUCCUCGCUCCCCAUUGAAGACCUGAGGCUUGAAAAUGAACCAAGGGUUAUGAAGACCUCUGUCACGAAAUAAGCGUCGUUACAUACCAUCGUCGCCCCUUGGGAAAUAAAAAGUCGUCUACCAGCCUCUCCCUGUAAGACUUCGGGGUAUGUUGCGGGAGAAGGGAGAGGGGGAAAGAAACGCCUUGGCCCUUCUUGUACAUCCCACCUGCCGAGUCAACGUUGCCUUUCUUUUG